AUGUCCAUCUCCUCCAGCUCAUCUGAAUUCUCUCCCGAUCUUUCGUAUUUUGCUGUAAAAUGCAAAAUUUGCUCAAAAACCGGACAUGGUCUACAUUUUGGCCUAGAAACUUGUCGGGCGUGUGCUGCGUUUUUUAGACGUACGGUAGUCCUGAAUCGAAAAUACAAAUGUCGGAAAAGAGUCGGACAUUGUGAAAUUUUGCUAGAAGACGACCAAAAUUCAAAAUCCCCAUGUAAAUUUUGUCGAUUCAAAAAAUGCCUAGACAUGGGAAUGACAAGUGAAAAAGUAGAUUCUCCAUCCACGUCAUCUGCCCUAUCCGAGCGAGAAGAGCAAAUAGCCUAUAACAUUGCUCAUCCCAAAACUCGUGGUCCAGCGAUUUUGUUGGACAUCAAUGCGAUUAUUAAAAAGUCAAGGACCAUUUUGGAAACCUACUACCUCCCAGACGAAGACUCAAUUUCUCACUCAAAUCUCUUCAACGAAUGGUCCACUCAAUUCAAAAAUUACGAUCCAGACAAAAUUGGAAUCCAGAAUUCCGAGAAAAAAUUGAAUUCAUCGAAAUAUAGCAAUAUUCAAAAUAGUCUGGGCAGUGUGGCGGCGAUUCGAGAGGUUCACUAUGACUGCAAAGAUCUUUGUGUAUUCGGUGGAAAAAUGAUUCAAUACUACGAGAUCAUCGUCAAGCCCUUUCUGGAUCUGAAACUGUCUGAAACUGAAAUCACAUUCAUUUUGUGUCAAAUCGUCUGGAACUAUGCUGGGCGACGUCUUCAGGGACAAACUCAAGCUGCUGGAGAGCGAUUUUUAGAAGAAAUCUCCAAUAAUUUACAUUCCUAUUAUGAAGAAAAUUCUGGAAGUUCUGGAAGAAUUUUUGGAGAUUCCGAGAAUCCAGGAAACCCUCAAAACUAUGCCAGUCGUCUGGCGCGAAUGAUGCAAAUCGUGAAUCAGAUGUUAAACGUCCAACUUCAUCUGGAGAACACUAUAAAUAUUGCAUUCUUGUUUGACAUGUUUAAUAUCGUUUUUACAGAACCCGAAUUUUUCAGAUGUUAG